CAGGUGAAGACCUCUAUGUGUCGCUAGUAGUCCUCUUCGAUUUUGUGACUAGAACAGAGUUCAAACUCCACGAAUCCACCUACUCACUCGCCUAAGAUGUCAAAUUACAAUUCCAUCGUUCAGGGUCUGCGGACAGCGUUCCGGUCCGGGCGGACCAAGGCCCUGGAAUGGAGGUUGACACAGUUGCGGAGUCUGAAACAAAUGUUGGAGGAGAAUAGGGAAGCCUUGGCUCAGGGGCUUUUCAGUGAUUUGCAUAAGAGCAAAUAUGAAGCAUAUAUCUUCGAAAUCGACCUCACCGUUGACGAGAUCACAAAUCACUUAAAUCAUCUCGAAGAUUGGAUCAAACCAGAACAGGUCCAAAAAGAUCUUCUCAACAAGAUGUACGACUGUUUCAUCAAGCCGGAAGCAUAUGGUGUCUGCCUUAUUAUUGGCGCUUGGAACUACCCGGUACAGCUUACUAUGCUUCCUCUGAUUGGUGCGAUAUCUGCGGGUAAUUGUGUUGUGUUGAAACCGUCGGAGGUUUCUGGGGCAACAGCUCAUCUGAUGGAGACGUUGGUUCCAAAGUAUUUAGACAAUAGCUGUAUCAAGGUCAUUAACGGUGGCAUUCCCGAGACGACCCAGCUGCUGACUGAACGCUGGGACCAUAUAUUUUACACGGGCAACACGUUCGUUGGGAAGAUCGUCAUGGAAGCUGCUGCCAAGAAUCUUACGCCCGUGGUACUGGAGCUUGGAGGCAAAAGUCCCGCCUACGUUGAGAAAGACAGUGACCUUGACGUCAUGGCUCGACGUCUUGCCUGGGGAAAGUGCAUCAACGCCGGCCAGACCUGCGUCGCACCUGAUUACCUCAUGUGCUCCAAGGAUAUUCAGGCUGAUGUGGUCACAGCCCUAAAGAGGGCAGUUACAGACGCAUACGGAGAAGACCCGAAACAGUCUCCAGACUACUGCAGGAUUGUCAGUGACAAACACUUUCAGCGCGUGGAGAAACUGAUGAAUGGCGGAGGAGAACUUGCCAUUGGCGGCCGCACUGACGCCGGGGAGAAAUACAUCGAACCAACCGUUCUGACAAAUGUCAAAUUGACCGACCCCAUCAUGCAAGAGGAAAUUUUUGGCCCGAUCCUUCCAAUAGUGCCGGUGGAAAAUGUUGAUGAGGCCAUAGAUAUAAUAAAUGCCAGGGAAAAACCUCUCUCAUUGUACUUGUUCUCUAAGAACAGAGACGUAAUCGAUAAAGUUCUGAGUUCAACGACGAGCGGCAGUGUCUGUGCCAACGACACUGUCAUACAUCUUGCCAUGUCUACCUUGCCCUUCGGCGGUGUAGGUAGCAGUGGAAUGGGCUGCUACCAUGGCAAGUUCUCAUUCGAUGCAUUCUCACAUAGGAGAGCUGUUAUGGUGAAGGACCAGAAGCUAGAGGGUCUUAACAGGCUCCGUUAUCCUCCAUACAACCAGAGGUAUUACAGCAUCAUCAAGUGGCUCUUGACGAAAAAGCCAAGGAAUCGUUUCCUUGAGACCAUGUUUCCCAUUGUGCUCAUCGGAAUUGUGUGUGCUGUUGCUUAUAAGGUUUUGAACCUUGGCCAGUACUUUCCCUAGAUCCAAAUGAAUUCAUGAGGACUACUACGUGGACAUUACCGUAAAGUGGGGUGAAAUUGACCCUGGGGGGGGGGGGGGG